AAACGGAUCUUGUUUCUUCAGUGUAUACCAUACAACAUGGAACAGUAUCUGCCUACAAAGCUACGUUGAUUGAAAAAUGUUACAUUUGUGGAAACUAAGUGAAAAUAUUUAUUUUAUUUCUGAUUGAUCUUUGUUAUGGAAAUAACAAUAGUUUAAGCUCUUUAAAUGAAGGAAUAAAAGCCUGCAAGGUGUGUCAGAGGUAAUUUUAUAGUGACUGACUUUUGAUGGAACAUUAGAUGCUAUUGAUAUAUAAUAUGGAGGAAUUAUAAUGUUUAAGGUGAUAAUACCAGGCCUUCCAUAUCAGCAGAGAGAUUUCGUUCUGGUUCCCAGCAUCUGUCGGAUCUAUGGUCUUUACAGUCAUUGUUAUUCACUGAUGGAGAAUCAGACAUUAUACAAGUAAUACAGUGAGAGUGAAAUGUUCAAUUAUCCAUUUAUGAGAUAAAAUUAGUUGAAGUGAUUCAAUUGUUUAACCUCAUUGCUGAUAACAGAAUCAGUUUACAUUGCUUACAUCAAUUAGUGCGGAGAUAACACUGUCUCAACCAGGAAAAUAUCUCCCCUUCAUAAAACCCUAGCACAGUCACGUUAAACGAGCAGUUUUUGAAGGACAGAAAAAGAAAUGUAAAAUUCAUUGCUACAAGUGUCUCAUUUCUUUAUUUGGCUUUUAAAAAAGUGAUUUUAGUGUUUUUUAACAUGGAGAGAUAGAGAGGUAAAACUGGAUAUAGAAGAUAGUCAUGAGUUUUUUAGACUGCAAGAAUAUUUUAAGGUAUUUGACUUUUAAGAUUUUACAAGUAUAUUUUAAAACAUAGAAUAUAAAAAUGGAGUUGAAGAUAUGGGUAGAUGGUAUAAAGCGAGUGGUGUGUGGGGUAACUGAUCAUACAACCUGUCAGGAUAUAGUCAUAGCUCUAGCUCAAGCAAUGGGCAGGACGGGAAGGUUUACACUGAUUGAAAAAUGGCGGGAAAAUGAGAGGCCACUUGCACCAACCGAAUGUCCGCUUUUAGUGUUACAGAAGUGGGGCGAGUUUGCUAGUGAGGUGAAACUUAUGUUGUAUGAAUCAGGUACAAGAAGAAAACAAAAACAAUCUGAGAAGGAAAAUGUUCAGAAACCUCCUGAUAGGUUCACACAUAAUUUUACACCACCAGUGAAAACAAGUGAAGCUGUGAUUCGAAGGUCAUUGACCUUCAGUGGUGGUUUAAAACAAGACUCUGGUUUAUAUAGAAGACCUGAGGGAAUUCAGUUUCAAAGACAAAUUAAUCCGGAGCCUGUAGGUAAUGGUAGACAAGGUAGACUGUUACAAGUUCCGGAGAAAGUUACCAGUGAUGGAAAUUCGUGGUCAAGUUCGUCAUCUUUGUCAUCUCAAAACUCUGCAUCAGCACAACAACAACAACAACGACGGAGAUCAUCAUCACAUGACCGUGUGACAUCACAUGAUCGUCAAAGACCUUCACCAUCAUUACAGCCUAAUCAAACUGUACAGUAUGGUGGAUACGGACACCAAAAUACUCAACAAAUUCCACAGUUACCACAGAAUGUGCCACAGUUUUCAAACCAAGGACCACAAUUCCAUCAAGUAACAAAUCAGAGGCAUCCAAGCCAUAACCCCAUUCCUGUAAAUAAUUCUUCAAUUCCGAGCAACUCAACUCAACAAAACCAUAAACAUUCCAUUCAUAAUCAACCUAAAUACACAAAUAAUGUGCCAUUAUCAAAUGGACCAGUAAAACCAUUGACUAGACCUGUAACUAAUGGACCUAUUCAUUCAUCAGCAUUUUCUCCAGUGCAGCCACAUAAAAACAGUUUCGAGGGUAAAAGUGAAUCUCCAAGAAUCUCUAAUAUGGAUAUUCCUAUAUAUACUGACCAUAGAAAAUCUAGUCAUAAACAUGACCUUGAAGAAUAUGAUUUAGAUAGUAAUUUUCCUGAUGUUGUCAAGGAAACUGGACAAGAUCGCCUCAUUGAAGAGUUUCGAAUGCCAGGCGGCCCUAGUCAAGGGCAACAUAGGAACUUAAUGAGCAGGGAAGAAGAGGAAAGAGUGAAAUUACUUCGUUUGGUGACGAUGCAAAAUGAAAGAAUUAAAAUGCAAGACUCUCAACUUGAAAUCAUUGACACAGAAAUAAGCUCAAGGGAACAAAAGCAUGAAGAUUUAAAACUUGAAAUUAACCAUGUUACAGAGGAACUGGCCAAACUUUCAGAACUCAGUAAACUUAAAGAGGAAGAAUUAUAUAAACUUGACAACGGAACUUUGAUAGAUGAAAUAGAACAUGAAAAACAAGUGGAACGUGAGAUUAGAAAUGAAAUAUCUGCCUUGAGAUCAAGACUUGUAAAAUGUGAAAACGAUUUACAUCAGUUUCAGUCCAAGGUUCAGACUUGUGGUAAAGAUUUAGAAAAUGAACAAGAAGUGCUUAAGGCAGACGAGAAACGACGUAGAGAAGAAGAGGUAAAAUUAGAAGCUGAGAUUUCUGAACUUAGAAAAGAAGUAGAUGUAAGAUCUAGAGAGGUGGAAGAGAAGACCAAGCUGUAUGAUAGUGUAGAGAGUGAGCUUAAAGAUGUAAGUGAACAGUUGAAUCAGAAAACUGAAGAUUUAACAUCCACAGAGAAGGAACUUCAGCGUGAAAAUCUCAAGUUUUUUCAGCAUCCACAAAGUACGGAAAAUUCCUCAGUGACAAAUUCCAACAAAACAGAAGGGGAAGCAGUCAUCAAGGUCCUGGAGGGAAGUGUCACACCAAAGUUGAAACGUAAUCGGGUAACCCCUAGUCCCCUUGCUGUUCUAGAGAUGACCAAAAAAGAAACAGGAGUAUGGGUCUGAUGUAUAUCUAUGCAAUUAGACUUUAUGCACCAGUCAAACAAAUGAAGCCUUGUCAUUGGUCAACUUCAAAUGAUGGUCAAGAAACAAUCAAAUCAAUGGCUAGAUUUUUAAGAUUAGUUGCAUUGAAUGUUAAUUAGGACCCUUUCGUCUUAAGAUAUUUUGGUGAAGAAAGUUGGACAUCACAAUCUAAAUCUGUGAAAUAGACAUUCAAGUACAGCACAUCAGAAGAAUGGCAUAUCAGUGUUUCUAGACAACUAUACAUGGGCAGAUAACUUAACAAUACCUUCCAAAUCUACUUUGUAUUGGUUGACGAUCAUAAUAUGUGCUCUGCAUUUAUAGGUUGUGAAAUCAAACAUCUAGCCCAAAUAAAUCCCUGCAACUUAACGUUACACUUGAUCUAAUACAUCAAGGGAUUGGAUCAAUCAAAGUGAGAAGAACUUUGUUACCAGGCACAGUUUACAGUACCAACUAAAUUGUACUAAAAUACCUUUCCAACUGUGAAGUAGUUAUUCUAUUUUUCGUUGAUCUUGAACAAAAUAAUUUUCGAUCUUAUUUUUUACAAGAUAUAACUUAUGUUCUGAGGAAUUCACAUUUUUGUAGAUUUGAUUCAAGGAGAUAGAAUUAAUUAGUUUUUACUAUAGUUUGUCUCCCUUUCAUAAGAUGUUAAUAUAUUUUACACAGUUUGGAAAGGUAAAAUGAUGAAAUAUGUUAAGAUUAUACAUCUUGUAUUAAAUUACCUCAAGUCAUGUGACCAGUAAGGAACUUGUUCAUGACAGUUACCAUCACUGUAAAUAACCACAUGUUAAUGUUUUAUUUUUCUGUAUCUAUUUGUCAUCCACACAAGUUUUUAUUUCCGACACUUCUAUAAGACAGGUAUUUUAAUUGUUUUAUAAUUGUCAAGGUAUGAAAUAGAUUUACAUUUUUACAAAAAUGUUAUGUAUAAUUAUGUAAUAUUAUAAUGUAUAACAGGUGGCGUAUAUUAAAUGAGGAAGAGAGGUCCUCUGAUUUGCGACAAAUUUUGAAGUAAUAUAAGAAGAAAAGUAUUUUAUGAUAUAUUUAUAUCCCGUUCUCUCCACAUAAUAAUUAUUUUAUUUUUAAGGGCAGAGUGAUAGAGCGGUAACAUUUUUAUUUGGAUGAAAUGGAAAAUUUAGAAGGCACCAUUGUAAUCGAAGCCAGAGUGGUGGCCUAGUGGCUAAGGUGUCAGUCUCUCAAACAAUGGAUCAUGGUUUCGAGCCCUACUAGGGUCACAACCAUGCUUCCUGAUAUGAUACCAGCACUGGUUAGUUCCAGUAAGCACACUCAAACAUGAUUAAUAUGAGUUACAAAACUUGUUUCGCAAUCAAGUUAAAAUUAUUACAUGUAUGUAUAUACUAAUCCAAGCCAGAUCAAUUACACAAUGCAGCAUGAUUCAGUGUUCAACGUUUUAUGAACAAGUGUGGUAAAAGUUUGUAACAUGAAUUGAAAUAUUUCAAAAGGAAUAUUCUUUAAUAUUGUUUAUAUUGAUUCCACAUUAAGUAAAGCAAACCUCAGCCACAGUUAACUUCUAUCUGCUAAUUAACAAAAUACAUGAUUAUUUUAAUUUUGUUUCUGGCUUUUCUUGUACAAAAUCUUUAAUUUACUGCCUCUUAAGCAGCACAAAGUGAAGAUUAAAUAAUCAAUGUUUUUUUGGGGGUCAUAUUUCUUUAAUAUAAGAAAUCCAGAUAUUAUUUGUUUGUAGAAAAAUGGAGUCCAGUCGAUUUUGGCAAACUGUACUACCAAGCUUGUUCUAGCAUUUCUGUUUCUUUGACUUUCUGUUAAUUGUUUA